GGGAAGAGGAAGAAUGGUAGGGGGAGGGAGAGAGAGGAAGAGUUUCCAAACUUGUCUCCAGUGACAGGAGACAUUUACGCUCAGUGAGAUAAAACUGCCACUUAGAGCCCAGGGGAGCUAAACCUUCCUGGGUUGGCCUGGGGGCUUGAGCAGAGUCAUGGAUUCUCUGGCCCUGCAGCUGUGCGCUCUCCUCUGCCUGGCAGCUCACUCUGCUUCUGGAAGCCCCAUUAUGAGCCUGGAGCAGUCGCCCCUGGAAGAAGACAUGCCCCUCUUCGAUGAUGUCUUCUCGGAGCAAGAUGGUGUUGACUUUGACACACUGCUACAGAGCAUGAAGAAUGAGUUUCUCAAAACAUUGAACCUGUCUGACAUCCCUAUGCAGGACUCCGCCAAGGUGGACCCGCCCGAGUACAUGUUGGAACUCUACAACAAGUUUGCCACCGACCGCACCUCCAUGCCAUCUGCCAACAUCAUCAGGAGCUUCAAAAAUGAAGAGUUGUUUUCCCAACCAGCCAGUUUUAAUGGGCUCAGAAAAUACCCUCUCCUCUUCAAUGUGUCCAUCCCCCACCAUGAAGAGGUCAUCAUGGCUGAACUUAGGUUGUACACACUGGUGCAAAGAGAUCGCAUGAUAUAUGAUGGAGUGGACCGGAAAAUUACAAUUUUUGAAGUACUUGAGAGCACAGAGGACAACGAGGGUGAAAGAAACAUGUUGGUCUUGGUGUCAGAGGAGAUCUAUGGAACCAACAGUGAGUGGGAGACUUUUGACGUCACCAGUGCCAUCAGACGUUGGCAAAAGUCAGGUUCAUCCACCCACCAGCUGGAAGUCCACAUUGAGAGCAGACACGACGAAACUGAGGGCACUGGCAGGGGACAACUGGAAAUAGACACCAGCGCCCAGAAUAAGCAUGUCCCUUUGAUUGUCGUGUUUUCUGAUGACCACAGCAGCGAGAAGGAAGAGAAAGAGGAACUGAGUGAAAUGAUCACCCAUGAGAAACUUCUGGAGCUGGACAACCAGGGCCUGGAUGGUUAUUCCAAUGGUCCUGGGGAAGAGGCUCUGCUGCAGACGAGGUCAAAUAUCAUCUAUGACUCCACUGCCCGCAUCAGAAGGAAUGCCAAAGGAAACUACUGCAAGAGGACCCCGCUCUACAUUGACUUCAAGGAGAUUGGCUGGGACUCUUGGAUCAUCGCCCCGCCUGGAUACGAAGCCUAUGAGUGCCGUGGUGUUUGCAACUACCCCCUGGCAGAGCAUCUCACACCCACAAAACAUGCGAUUAUCCAGGCCUUGGUCCACCUCAAGAAUUCCCAGAAGGCUUCCAAAGCCUGCUGUGUGCCCACCAAGCUGGAGCCCAUCUCCAUCCUCUAUUUAGACAAAGGUGUUGUCACUUACAAGUUUAAAUAUGAAGGCAUGGCUGUUUCUGAGUGUGGCUGCAGAUAGAAGAGGAUUUGUGUUGCUUAUUUAAUAACUGUAUAUGUGUAUAUUUUAUGUGCCUAUUUAAUAAGAUUAUUUAAUAAGGGUGUACAGAUCAUAGAGGUUUACUUAGGGAAAUGGACAGGUUGGUUUAUUGUAAGAAAUGCUUAUUUU